CUCAGUGAAGAGAUCGUGAGACGACCGGAGUUGCAAAAGCUCAUCUGAAACUCUCAAGAAAACCCUAAAACAGAUAAACCCCUUUUUUCCCCAGACUUUGAUUCUUCCAACAAUGGCGUCUCAUCUCUUUUGCCGAUACCGAAACUCUCUCCUCAGAACCCUUAAACCCAAUCACCACGCCUCGAAUUCAGCCAUCAGGUCCAUUUCCGGUACACCCUUCCUCUCUCAGGAUCCCCAGCUCGCAACCGAGUCAACCGAUCACGACACUUCGAAUCACCAGGCAGGAGGAUCCACGCCGCUUCCGCCGAAUCCAGCGACGGGAAGCCCUCUUUACCAGGAGAAUUGGAGGAGUCCGAUCCCGAACUCCCCGUCGCUCAGCCAAUCCCUCGUCCCCAUGGGAUUUCUAAACCAGGCCACUGCCGCUCGCAUUCGAGCUCUCUCCGAGUCGCUCGACAUGAACUCGUUGCUGAAUAUGUUCGCCGAUUGGAUUGCGUCGCAGCGUUGGUCCGACAUGAAGCAGCUAUUCGAGUUCUGGGUUCGAUCGCUCGACAAGAAUGGGAAGCCGAACAAGCCCGAUGUCAACCUUUACAAUCAUUACCUUCGGGCUAACUUGAUGAUGGGUGCUUCGCCUAGCGAGAUGAUCGAUCUGGUUGCGCUGAUGGACGAUUUCUCUGUGGCACCCAACACCGCGUCUUAUAAUCUAGUCUUGAAGGCUAUGCACCAGGCGAGAGAGACCGAGGCUGCGCAGAAGCUGCUUCACCGGAUGCUGAUAUCGGGGAAGGAGGAACCUCUAUCUCUACCGGAUGAUGAAUCAUAUGAUUUGGUUAUUGGACUGCUGUUUUCGACUAGGAAGAAUGACGAAGCUAUGAAACUUAUGGACAUGGCAUUGAAAUCUGGUUAUAUGUUAUCCACCGCAGUUUUUAGUGAAUGUGUACGUAGCUGUGUAGCCGAAGGUAGGACAGAUACACUAGUCUCCAUCAUCGAGAGGUGUAAGGCUCUUGACCGGAACAAGUCCCUAUGCCCUAGCUGGAUACUGUGUACUUACAUGGCAGAAGUUGCGAUUCAAGAGGAUAAUAGCAAACUAGCGUUUUAUGCGUUUGAGUUUAUGUUCAAAUGGGUCAACAAGGGUGAAAUGGCUAGGCCUGCGGUUUUACUUUCUGUUGACGAAGGAUUGGUAGUAUCAGCUCUUGCGACUGCUGCGAGGACAUGCAACCCUUCUUUAGUAGAUGCUUCAUGGGCGAUUCUAAAACGGUGCCUGCGCGGGAAAAAGGCAGCCAACCCUGCGUCUUACAUUGCAAAGAUCAAUGCGUACGCAUCGUUGGGGAACCUGGAGAAAGCUUUCGUCGCACUUCAUGAAUUCGAAAACGCAUAUGCUGGUUCUGAAAAAGAAGCUAUGGAUGAAAUGCUUUCACCUUUCACAUCCUUGUACCCGCUGGUUGUGGCCUGCUCAAAGAAAAGCUUUGAGACAUUGGAUGAGGUAUACUUCCAGCUGGAGACGUUGAGUCAAGGUGAAACUCCAUAUAAGUCUGUUGCUGCUCUAAACUGUAUAAUUCUUGGCUGCGGAAACACAUGGGAUCUGGAUCGUGCUUAUCAGACGUUUGAUGCAAUAAGUGCUUCUUUUGGGCUGACUCCUAACAUCGAUUCGUACAAUGCUUUAAUAUAUGCAUUUGGAAAGGUCAAGAAGACUCUUGAGGCUACAAGAGUAUACGAUCAUCUGGUUGGCGAAGGUGUUAAACCUGAUCCCCGGACGUAUUCGUUGCUGGUUGAUGCUCAUCUCAUUAACCGGGAUCCCAAAUCAGCUCUGACCGUCAUUGAUGGCAUGAUCAGUGCUGGAUAUGAACCUUCGAAGGAGACAUUGAAAAAGCUCAGAAGGCGAUGCGUCAGGGAAUUAGACUCUGAAAACGAUGAUCAGGUCGAGUCACUGGCCAAGAAAUUUCAAAUCAGGAUGGGAUCAGAGAACCGCAGGAACAUGCUUUUCAACUUAGAUUACUCCAGAGGCCGCGCAUAAUGCAACGAAAUCCUAAAUGAAUGAAGCUCUCGUGAGGAGCGAGGUAUGAAGCUCAGGCUCAUCGAAUUUUGAAGCUAUGGACCAUUGCCCCGUGUUUCAUUGCUGUAAAUUGCUUCAUUGUAUUCGUUUGAGUCCCUAAUCUGAUUUUUCCAAUACACAGCUCAUUGUUUUUGUUUGGAAACAGAGAGUUAUUUAGGAUCGCUAGUCUCUGGCAGAUGCUUUCAGGCAGCCUUGACCAAUAAAUGUCAAAACUUUUUGGAAUGUUCCUUUUAAUUUUAAUCUUUAUAAAAAAAAACCACUAGAUUUGUAAGAUUGAUUUUCGUUAUUAUCUUAGUAUAACAGCAAUUUCGUGCAGAAA